CAAAGCUGUAAGUUUUUGCAAAAUGUUCAUCAAUUCUAUUUUGACAGCUUUAAAAUGACGUUUGUGCAGGAAAACGUGGUUUGCAACCUUUCCUAGGUUUUUGUAGCCCGGAAGAAGCGCAUAGAUUGCUUGUUUUUGACGUUUCUGAAGCAGAAGCCAGCUUAGAUGUGUCAUCCAUUGCGAUAAGAUUAAAUCUGAAGCUUUUGGCAUUGUUGGAUGUUCGAACCCUUGCCGGUUGUAAUCUUUUUUAGCUUGCUUUCGAACUUGAAACCCUAGUGCCUUGCGUGCAUUUGCUGUAAGGUGCUAAAUAUCCGGUCUUGAUGUCCGCGGGGUUUCUGUCGUUGCUUUCGGGACUGCUAAAUUUAGGUGUCGGGAUGAUUAUCUCUAUGCUAUAAGGCUCUGUUAAUUUGGCGAUAUUAGUGAGGACGAGGCCUUGUUUUGUGUUGCCUUGUGCGAGCUUGAGACAGGAUAAGGGGGUUAGAUCUUGUUUGAAGAUCUAGUGUUAUGGACUUGCAUUGCAGUUUUUGAAGGUGGAGAUAUAUUUUAUUUCCGUGUCUGUAUAUUGAUGAAGAUUGGAAGUAAUAGAGUGCAGAGACGUUAAAGAUGUUGUUCGGGAAGCUGGACGAUUCGCCCAUGUUCCGUAGUCAGCUACAAACAUUAGAAGAAAGUGCAGAGGCACUUAGAGAGCGGAGUCAAAAAUUUUACAAAGGAUGUCGAAAAUAUACGGAAGGAUUGGGAGAAGCAUAUGAUGAAGAUAUUGCAUUUGCAAGUGCUCUUGAAAUGUUUGGAGGAGGACAUAAUGAUCCGAUUGGUAUAGCUUUUGGAGGGCCUGUGAUGACUAAAUAUACCAUUGCUUUGCGAGAAAUUGGGACAUAUAAAGAACAACUUCGCUCCCAGGUAGAACAAAUCUUGAAUGAACGGCUGAUACACUUUGUGAAUAUUGAUUUACAUGAUGUGAAGGAGAUUCGGAAGCGCUUUGACAAAGCUAGUCUUCAUUAUGAUCAGGCUCGUGAGAAGUACCUUUCCUUGAGCAAAAGUACAAAAAUGGAUAUUGUUGCAGAAUCUGAAGAGGAACUACGCCAUGCAAGGUCAGCAUUUGAGCAAGCUCGCUUCAACCUAGUGAGCACUCUUUCAAAUAUUGAGGCCAAGAAAAAGUUUGAAUUCUUGGAGGCAGUUAGUGGAACAAUGGAUGCUCAUCUGCGUUAUUUUAAGCAGGGUUAUGAGUUGCUGCACCAGAUGGAGCCAUAUAUUCACCAGGUAUUGGCAUAUGCACAACAAUCAAGAGACAGGACAAAUUAUGAGCAAGCAGCUCUUGCAGAGCGAAUGCAGGAAUUUAAGAGGCAAAUAGAUCGUGAAAGUCGAUGUUCUUUCAGUGACACAGAUAAUUCUCCAACAGGGGAUGGUAUACAGGCUGUUGGAAGAAGCUCACACAAGAUGAUUGAAGCUGCAAUGCAAUCAACUGCAAAGGGAAAGGUCCAAACAAUUAGGCAAGGUUACCUUUCCAAGCGUUCUUCAAAUUUAAGGGGUGACUGGAAGAGAAGAUUCUUUGUUCUCGAUAGCCGUGGAAUGUUGUACUAUUACCGCAAACAACACUGGAGCAAGCAAACGGGUAAUGCCUGCCAGCAUUCUCUUAAGAAAGGUCAUCAUGCAACUGAUCACGUAUCUGGUUUAUUCGGUCGGUUGCUUUACUCUCAUCACCAUGGACCAUCACAAGAUGAGAGGUCUGUUGCACACCAUACUGUUAAUCUACUUACUUCAACUAUUAAGGUGGAUGCAGAACAAACUGAUCUGCGGUUUUGUUUCACGAUAGUUUCUCCGAGAAAGAAAUACACUCUCCAGGCAGAGAAUACAAUGGAUCGUAUGGACUGGAUUGAAAAAAUAACAGGAGUAAUUGCUUCACUUUUGAGUUCUCAGUUACCAGAUCAGAGGCUUCACUUUAGUCCAAUGAGCAGUGGGCAUCAUCGCACUGCAAGCGAGAGUAGCUCCUUGUGCAGCUCUUCUGAUUUUGACCAUACCAUACCUGAUGAAAAUGGAUUGCAAAGGUGUUCUGCUGCAGGUUUUUGUGAUCAUUCUGGUAGAGGUUUGCAUGGGUGCAGGACACAUGGAAAGCAGGAAAGUCCUCUUGAAUUGUUAAGGAAAGUUCCUGGAAAUGAUGUAUGUGCAGAUUGUGGUUCUUCUGAACCAGAUUGGGCCUCGCUGAAUCUGGGUAUUUUGCUCUGCAUCGAAUGCUCUGGGGUUCACCGCAACCUUGGUGUACACAUCUCCAAGGUUAGAUCUCUAACUCUUGAUGUAAAAGUUUGGGAGCCUUCUGUUCUCAAUUUGUUCCAAUCUCUUGGUAACACAUAUGCUAACUCAUUGUGGGAGGAGCUUCUAGAAUCUGGAAAACAUGCAAGAGGUGAUGGCAUCUGCGGCAGACAAGGUGAUUUCGAGGAAGAAACACAUUGCAUGCCCUUCAGGAAGCCUAAUUACAGAGAUACACUUCCCACAAAGGAGAAGUUUAUCCAGGCAAAGUAUUCUGCGAAAAGAUUUAUAUUCAAGCCAAAGCAGGACUGUCAGGCACCAUCGGUUGCUAGUCAAAUAUGGGAUGCUGUCCGAGCUAAUGACAAGAAGAUGGCAUAUCGUCUUAUUUUGAAUUCCAAUGCUGAUGUUAAUACAACAUAUGAGCAGGCUAGGGCAAAUGAUCCCUCAAGUAUGUCAAAAGCUACAAUAAUGAGAAGGGAAUUCACCACUCCGCAAAACAAUUCUGCUGCUGGUAGUGGGCACAUACAACUUUUGGAUUCACCAACAACUAGCACAAGUUCAAUAACUGACAGUGAUGAUUUAAGUGAAGCAGAUGAGGGUCUACAACAGUGCUCCUUGUUACAUCUAGCAUGCUACUUUGGUGACUUAGGCAUGCUAGAGCUUCUUUUGCAGUAUGGUGCCAAUGCAAAUGUUCCUGACCAUUGUGGAAGAACACCUCUUCAUCUUUGUAUCUCUGGCAGGAAGCACUUAUUUUCAAAGUUGCUGAUUACUAGGGGUGCCAAUACAAGAGCUUUGGAUGGAGAUGGUAAAACCCCAUUACAAAGAGCAAUGGAAAUGGGUAUGUCUAUGGAUGACGAACUUAUUGCUUUCUUGUCUGAAAAUAACAGACAGUCUCUUUGAUGGGUCGAUUAGUUUAUUUCAAAGAGCUAUGUCUGCCCAGUCCUUUGCUGGCAAGAUGCAAACUUUAUUUAUUAUGGUGCGUUUUUUGCACUGCCAUUUUGGUUGUUGAGUUCUGUCAAGGAUGCCCAUUGGCUUUGGAUAUCGACAAGGUUUUUGUGAAAGGUGCCUUGAUCUUCAUAUGGCUAUACAGAACAGCAGUCCCAGCGCUGAAAAGCGUGCUUCCCAGCAUGUACAGUGUGCAUUCCCUUCGCAGUCCUCAUUCAUUCGAUUUUCUAGUUAUAUUCAACAUCCCUUAUAUGAGUAUGUUCAGUAUUUCGGUCAUUUUCUCCAUACGAGUUUUUGUAUAAUUUGGUUCGCUAGAUAUUUUCUUUUGUAUAUAUAGCUGUGUGCUAUGCUUAUGGUUGCCCUUUGUAUGUAUAAUCUACUGGUAAGGAUCUAUUGUGCUAAGCACCUAUCCUGGCUUUCUUUCAUAAAAUAUUUCAAUGAUUAGUAUAUAUCAGAUCAAUGUUCCAUAA